AUGGAAGGAGGUGUUAAGGCUCUAAAUGAAGACAAAAAUGUUGGUGUGGGAACACAAUGGUUUGUUGAAUUGGCAGGUGUUGGCUCCUUCCUGCUGUACUCGGUCCACGAGGGAAUCCGGGGGAUUCCGCUGGAUCCCAAUGACAAGUCGGACGCCCUGGUCCCCGUCUCUGGGACCUCGCUGGCUGUGGGCAUUGAUUUCCACGCAGAGAAUGACACCAUCUACUGGGUCGACAUGGGCCUGAGCACCAUCAGCCGAGCCAAGCGGGAUCAGACGUGGCGGGAGGAUGUUGUCACCAACGGGAUCGGCAGGGUCGAAGGGAUCGCCGUGGACUGGAUCGCGGGUGAGUCAGGGCAGCGCCUGGGAUCCGGGGCGAAUGUGCCGGGGGAAGGCAAGCUGUACUGGUGUGAUGCACGAACCGAUAAGAUUGAGCGCAUUGACCUGGAAACCGGGGAGAACCGGGAACUGGUCCUGUCCAGCAACAACAUGGAUAUGUUUUCAGUCUCUGUCUUCGAGGACUACAUCUACUGGAGCGACAGGACCCACGCUAAUGGCUCCAUCAAACGUGGUUCGAAAGACAACGCGACAGACUCUGUGGCCUUGAGAACGGGAAUUGGUGUCCAGCUCAAAGACAUUAAAGUCUUCAACAGGGAACGGCAAAAGGGCACGAAUGUCUGCGCCGACAACAAUGGAGGGUGCCAGCAGCUGUGCCUGUACCGCGGCAACGGUCAGCGGACGUGCGCCUGUGCCCACGGCAUGCUGUCGGACGAUGGGGUGACCUGCCGGGACUAUGACGGCUACCUGCUGUACUCGGAGCGCACCAUCCUGAAGAGCAUCCACCUCUCGGACGAGAGGAACCUCAACUCCCCAGUCAAGCCCUUCGAGGACCCCGACUUCAUGAAGAAUGUCAUCGCCCUGGCCUUCGACUACGGCCACGGGGCAAAAUCCGGCAACCGCAUUUUCUUCAGCGACAUCCACUUCGGGAACAUCCAGCAGAUCAGCGACGACGGCUCAGGCAGGAAGACCAUCGUGGAGAAUGUUGGAUCGGUGGAAGGCCUAGCCUACCACAGGGCCUGGGACGCACUGUACUGGACCAGCUACACCACAUCGACCAUCACCCGGCAUAGCAUCGAUCAGAGCCGGCCUGGAGCCUUCGAGCGGGAGACUGUGGUCACCAUGUCCGGCGAUGACCACCCCAGGGCCUUCGUCCUUGACGAGUGCCUGAACCUGAUGUUCUGGACGAACUGGAACGAGGAGCACCCCAGCAUCAUGAGGUCGAGCCUGCGAGGGUCAAACGUGUUCAUCAUCGUCAGCACCGACAUCCGCACACCCAACGGCCUUGCCAUUGACCACCCGGCCGAGAAACUUUACUUCUCCGACGCCACGCUCGACAAAAUCGAGAGAUGCGAGUACGAUGGUAGCAACAGGCAGGUCAUCCUCAAGUCGGAGCCGGUGCACUCGUUCGGGCUGGCUGUCUACGGUGAUUAUAUCUUCUGGACCGACUGGGUGCGCCGAGCGGUGCUGAGGGCCGACAAGUACACAGGCGGGAACUUGCGCGUGCUCCGGGCCGACAUUCCCCAGCAACCUAUGGGCAUCAUCGCUGUGGCUAACGACACCAACAACUGCAAGCUGUCCCCUUGCAAAGUGAGAAACGGAGGGUGCCACGACCUGUGCCUGCUGACCCCGGAGGGUCGUGUGAACUGCUCCUGCCGUGGGGAUCGUACCCUGAUGAACGACUUCACCUGCAGCGGUGAGUGUUGGGAGAGGUCCCCCGUGGAGGCUGGGGCCGUUAACGCUGGCACAAUCGGGGAGCCCCGGCUGACGGGUGUGCCCCCCGCUGAGGAGCGCCUGGCCAGGGCCCUGGAGCUGAUCGACCUGGUGGGUAGCGUCGAGGAGCUCGGUUACAGGGGCGCCAGGGCCCAGGUGGGCCCGGUCCACCUCCUGGUGCCAGGAGGUGGCGGCGCCCCCUCCCGCCUGGGGCGCAAGGUGCCGCCGAAGCCGGGCAAGGGCAAGAAGAUUUUUGGCUGGGGAGACUUCUACAUGAAUGUGAAGACGGUGAAGUUCAGCCUGCUGGUGACUGGCAAGAUCGUCGACCACGUCAACGGGACGUUCAGCGUCUACUUCCGGCACAAUUCCUCGGCGCUGGGCAAUGUCUCGGUCAGCAUCGUGCCCCCCAGCCGCCUGGUCAGCUUCAACCUGCUCCAGCACACGGUGGCCGAGGCCAGGGGGCAAAGGCCCCCCUUCAACUGCCAUGUGGAGUACGAGCGUACCAACCGGGCGCGGAGGAACAGGCCCUGCCUCUACGAUCCGUCGCGCGUGUGCUUCACCGAGCACACUCAGAGCCACGCCGCCUGGCUCUGUGCCAAGCCCUUCAAGGUCAUCUGCGUCUUCCUGGCCUUCUACAGCCUGGACUACAAACUGGUGCAGAAAGUCUGCCCCGACUACAACUUCCACAAUGAGCUACCAUACCUGGGCUGA